AUGGCGUUCAGAAUACCCUUCCCGCAGGACUUUUGGCAAGAAUACCUCUCUGGUAGAGAGGCAACUAUCCCAACCCUGCCUGUUGUCUCAGAUGUCUCUGACCGAGUCAUCCGGGUCCUGGGCGGAAAUGCAGGUCCCAUGCGACUGCAGGGAACGAACACAUACCUCGUUGGAACAGGCAGAUCUCGGAUCCUAAUCGAUACUGGCCAAGGGAUGCCUUCUUGGAUUCGAGAUAUCACCCACGUACUAGAGGAGCGAGAUUUGGACAUCUCCCAUGUUCUUCUAACCCACUGGCACGGUGAUCAUACAGGCGGAGUUCCCGACCUUGUGGCGUAUAAUCCGUCUUUGUCCUCACGCAUUUACAAAAACCGACCCGACAACGGGCAGAAGAAUAUUCUAGACGGCCAGAUCUUCCGGGCUGAGGGCGCCACCAUCCGUGCUGUUCACACACCCGGCCAUGCAGCCGAUCACAUGUGCUUCUUUAUGGAAGAAGAGAACGCUCUUUUUACGGGCGAUAACGUGCUGGGCCACGGGUACUCCGUUGUGGAGGACCUAGGACAAUAUAUGGAGAGCAUGACGCUAAUGGCGAAUUUGCAUUGCCCGCUGGGAUAUCCGGCCCACGGGGCAGUUAUUGGCGAUCUUCCAGAUAAGAUGCGCGAGUAUAUCAAGCACAGAGAAUUUCGGGUGCAACAGGUUUUUUCGAUAUUGGAGGGAUGCCGAACGACUGCAGGACAGGGCCGGGGGCGGGGUGGCUUGACGCUACACGAGAUUGUAACGGAGAUGUAUGGGGAUGUUUCGAAUGACAUUGAGAAGGCCCUUGCGCCGUUCCUGAGUCAGGUAUUGUGGAAAUUGGCUGAAGAUCGCAAGGUUGGGUUUGAGCCGGGAGAUGCGACGAAGCGGCGGUGGUUUGUCCGUGUGCGUCGGGCGAAUUGA